GUCACCUCUUAGUCAUUAUGUCUUUCCUGGAAGAGAUGUACUUAUCUUACAUCAAUUACAGAUGCUGAUGUUGCUGGGUACGCUUCUUCCCUGUCUGCUGUCUUAUAUCAAGGAUCUAGUUCUUAAUAUACUUAAGCAUCAUUAUUUAGUCCUUGUUCUCACUGUACAGUACAUAUGAUAUCGGUGUUCGUUAUUUCGGUGGGUCUGCUUGGGCUGGCGUUGGGCCAGGAUCAGACUCGAGUUCCAGGAACAUCUGGGGAAGAGGUUGUCGAAGCUGUGGUGAGCAGGAUCCGGGAAUCUUGUACCUUCUCUCACGACAAGCUGUUCCUCAGACGCCUGGCCUACGUGGAGACUCACGAUGGAACAGACGCUAAGACCUACAGACAUGGCUAUGAUGGAGGAAUAUGGCAGAUUGAUGAAAGCAAGUUCAUCAUCACCAAGGCAUCCAGCUCGGCUCGAGCCCUGUUCCCCAAGAUAACAUCUCGAUUUGGCAUUGAUUGGAACAUAACCAAUUGGGCAGACCUCAGGAAACCCAUCUUCUCGGUACUUGCAGCAGCUCUCUACCUCGCCACCUUGCCUGAAGACAUCCCUCAACGAACAGAAGACCAAGCCACCUUCUACCAGAGGCACUUCCGCAAUGACACUCAAUCAGUGCACAAUUUUUCAGAAGGAUCCAAACGUUUUGACACAGUCUGCCAACGAACAGACCUUGAUUUAGCUUUCCUCGUCGAUGCCUCCUCAAGUCUUGCUCCAGAGGAUUUUAAGAAAGCCAAACAGUUUGCGCAAAAUGUUGUGAAAAACUUCAAGAUAGGUCGUAAUGAUGUCCGAAUAGCGCUCGUAACUUUCAGCAGUGGGUACAAAUCUCAGUUUGAUUUCAACCAAUACACGAACAACGAUGACGUCCAUGAAGCAAUUGACCAAGUGCUCAAGUCAGAGGGACCCACGGACACCGACCAAGCAUUGGACUACGCUUCGGAAACGUUGUUUACCAAGUCUUCGGGUUCCAGAGAGGGGAGCUCGAAGGUUAUUCUGUUGGUUACAGACGGGAAAUCCACAGCUCCCAAGAGAACUCUUCCUGCCGCAAUACGCACCAGAAACAAAGGGAUUACAAUAUUUGCUAUUGGGGUAGGUGGUGAUGUGGACACGGACGAGCUGAGAAACCUUGCUAACAAGCCUGAGUGUACACAUGUUGUGACGCUUACCGGAUACGGAGAACUCAGUUCGCUUGUAGGUGAAAUCCAGGAGGUUUCAUGCAAGGCCCCAGCUGUCCUGACUCGCGGCCGCUACGUCUACCCCUGCUUGAACAGUGGGCUCUACCAGAUUGACAGUAACGGUUCAACAACACAGGUCAUGCUCGCCGUUACUGACGGCGCGGUCAGUGUUUACGGGUCCGUGAUCAAUCCCACCCCCAACCAGGCCGGCCACGACUUCUACAGCAUCUCCGUCCCGGCUACAGCUACCGUGGUAGUGAUAGACACGGAGCACAGACCCCUGUAUCUCAACAUCACCGCGUCUGGACCCGUCAACGGCUGCAGUGGCAACUACACCAUCAACAUUGGCAACGUGGAAAGAGUUAAUCUCAGUACCUCGGUCCUCUGUGUUCACCAUGACGUCGCCAGGGUGUGUUCUGUGGUGGACUUCUACCGUAACUUCUUCACAGUUGUGGAACCUCCAUAUAACAUAUCUAAUCCAUGCUUGAUGAGCGAGCCAGGAUUUCAAGCCCAUCCCACGGAUCAGACAAAGUUCAUCAUAUGUGGACCCAAUGGCAUAGACAACGUGUUCCAGUGUCACCAACAUCACAUCUACGACCAGAACAUCAUGGACUGCAUCGUUGGUGAACCCUCUACCACCACAUCUACUACUACAAGGACACCUGCAUCCACCACAAUUGCAGCUCCAAAUACAUCAACAAAUCCACCUUCUCAACCAGCUACAACCAUGAAAAGAACAUCAUUUCCACCUACCCCCACUGUAACCUCUAUGCCUGCUACUACAUCAACGACCUUUACAACAAAAACUACUACAACGAUAACUGCUUCAACCACUACAAUUAAACCCCCGACUGAAUCAACUCCACCUUCACUUCGCGUUACUACAAAAAUGAAUCCCACAACCUUUUCAUCAACAUCUACUACAACAACCACAACUACGACUUCUAUUCCCGCUACUUCACCAGCAACAUCUUCUACACCACCUGAAACUACAACCCCAAUCGUUAAGUCGUCACUUAGAUCACACAUACCCUCAGUAGGAACAAAACAGGCUGCCAUUCCAACAACAACUAUCAAAGCUCACCCUGACGUUGCUUCCACUAGAAGACCGUCGACAGCAACAUCCCAUUCUACGUCAGUUCGACCCAGCAUUCACUCACCGAGUACCCACCCAUGCACAGACGAAACCAAGGGACAUCUCAUCCCCUACCCCCAAGACGAGACUAAGUACAUUGACUGCUUCAUCUGGCCGAAUGUUGGAUAUGUCAUGACGUGCCAACAGGGGAAGAUCUGGGACCAGAGCAUUCUCACCUGCAUCUGCAAGUAUGUCAUUGUCGACCCAAAUAAGAUGACGGUCGACAAGAAUGUUCACAACCCUUGCGAGAGGAACCUUCACGAAGGGGAUCUGUUUUACUACCCCCACCCAGACAAGGACAAGUUCAUUCAGUGUGAUCAGUAUGGAGAUGCUUUCGUGAAGGUUUGUCCGAAAGGCGAAGCUUGGCAUCAAGCGGCUCUUCAGUGCGUCCCGAAUGGCUUUUGAAGACUUACGUGACGAACAAUUGGUGUACAAAGGAGUCCGCCUUUUAGAGGAGAGGGGUGGCGGUGGCUGAAUUUUUUAGCAUUUCUGUUUGAGCAUAAUUUGUUUAAGAAGAUACUAAAAACAGUUUUUCCAGUUUCAAAAUAGUGUCGUGGGGCCAAAAAAGAUUUGGUCCCUCCUUCCGAAAAACAGCAACAUAUACUACACCCAAUUCUUUCAUAUAACUAAAGUUGAUCUGUCAUGCCAUCACAGAUUAACUAAAGCAAUUCAUUCAAACAAUUAAAGUUAAUCUGUCACGUCAUGACGAAUAAACUAUAGCAAUAUGAAAGAUUCGGGUGUUCCUUAACUUGUUUUGAGAGUAUAUAUCUUGAAGAAGUGACCUUGAUGUCGCCUUGUAAUUAAUUUUGUGAAUAUUUCAUAUUUUGUUUUUUGGGGGGGUUCUUUUUUCUCCUUUUUUCUUUUUAAUCUCGGAGGGGUUGGGAUUUGUUCAAAAAUAGGAAAAUGGCAGUUUUGUCAUUAAUAAUAAAAUAUCUUGAUAAUAUUUGAAUGGAUCCUUUUUUUAUAUUUGAAUGAGUUUAUUUUUUUUUUAAAGUACAAUAAUUGUUAUAUUAAUCAUCUUUCUGAGGCAAAUGUAAGGUGAGGUGAAAUUGGGUUUAACGUCGAGUCCAAGAUCAUUGCACUUAUAUACUAGAGGCGUUCAAUAAGUUUUGCAACUUAGGCAUUUGUGUUUACACAAACAAUGUCAACGUGUGGCAGUUGUGGCACUAGUCAUAACAUAAGGUUGACACGUGUCAUAACAAGUUCCAGACACAACAAUAAGUUAGAUGUGAUGGCUUCAUUCACCUAAGGGUGGUCACAAUCAUGGAUUCUCUCAAACAUGAACAACGCGCUGUAAUAAAGUUCCUUCCAUGCUCCGGUUCACAAAUCGAGAAUUGCACAGGCCGCCAUAUGUGAAUGUGGAUUCGAACAGUUAAAUCACCCACUUAACAGCCCAGAUUUAGCCCCCAGUGACUAUUUCCUGUUCCGGCAAAUGAAAUCUGCCCUACGUGGAAGACGCUUCCAGGAUGACGAGGACAUAAAGGCUGCCACAGAGGCGUGGUUAGAGGGCCAAUCUGCGGACUUCUAUAAAAGUGGUAUUAAAAGCUUGAAGGACUAAUGCAAUAAGUGUAUGGAGGUUAAUGGAGAUUAUAUUGAAAAAUAAAAGUGCAAAAGAUA